AUGGCCGAAAAACGCAAACUCCCCGCCCGCGAACGUCGCGAACCCGCGGCGAAGCGAAGAGCCUCCGAAGCUCCGUCUCGACCAUCCCCUCAACCUCAACAGUCGAAGAAGAAAGGGUCUACACCGGUCGUUGCUCCUUCGCCCCCUCCUCCGCCACCACCGGAACCUGCCGAACCCCCUUUGCCUACAAAGAUAAAGGAUGGAGAGCCUCUUCCGACUACGGCCGCGCCGCAACCAACUACUCUUACGGAUAAAGAGUAUCAGUCGUAUGCAGAAAGUGCGAUUCUGUUAGCUUCCCUGGAACGAUCGAAGAAGAAAUGGCUAAGCGACGGCAUUUUGGAGAGAUACUGGACCAAGCCCAAGAAGACCAAGAGGGAGCAGAUUGAAGGAAAGAAUCCGCCCAAGGAGACCAUGUCAAAGGUUGGAGCUUGCAACAUUGUUGUCGGGCCUCAUCUGUUCGACGCGAUGCUGUACACUGUCAAAGAUCCCAACGCGCCGCCGCCGAUCCAAUACACCACCCCUCAACGCCCGAUGGUUCAUUAUGGACACCCAAACAACUUUCAACAAUACCACCCCUAUCCUCACUCCCCUGCUCCGCCCCAGCAUGCACGGCAACAUCCACCCCAAGGCUCUCCGGCGACUCCUGGAACACCUCAACCUGGCUACACUCCUGGAAACCACCCACCCCCUUCACAUCCUGCUCGGACUCCAAGUCAGCCACCCCACCGUCCCCCUGGCCCUCAAUCCGCGCAAAGACCAUCGCCUUCCCAGCACCCUCAGUCUGCCCAACCGCCGAAGCCUAGCCCAGAUCCCGUCAUUCAGAUGCUUGCAACACGAGCUGCGUCCGAUCCUGAGCUCAAAGCGUUGAUGCGCGUCGUGGCCUCGAGCAAAGCAUCCCAAGAACAACUCCGCGCUUUCCAGGCUCAUAUUGACGAACUGAAUGCCAUCAUUCGCGCAAGGGAGCAGCAGCAACAACGGCUACAGCAGCAGCAGCGCCAGGUCCAGCCUUCCACUCCUUCUCAUCCUCCCCCGCGUCCGUCACAAACUCCUAUACAACACCCCCAGCCCCAGCAAACGCCGCAACCUUCGCAACCUCCGCAACAACCCCCCUCUGCACAAAAGCCUCCCCCGCAGCCAGUUCAGCAACCCCCUCAGCAACCCCCCCAGCAGAAACCCCAGCAAAACCCUCAGUCAACCCCCCAAGGGCAGUCGCAGCCACAGUCCACGCCGCGUGUCGAGGUGCAAGUCCCCAAACCAUCACCGUCUGCCGCCCCUACCCACCCUCCUCCGAACUCGAACGUCCCACAGCCGCCACAAACGCCUACUCCACAGGCACCUAAGCCAGCCCCUCAGGUUGUAAUUAAGCAAGAACCUGGCGUGGCGGCGCCAGGUCAGCCCCCGUCUCAGCCGGUAUCGAGUCCUAGUGUGGCGCCAGCUCCAACUCCUACCCCGGAUCCGCAAAAGCAGGCAAGCCCUGCUGUACGACCCAUGCCGCCUCCCCAGCAGCAACCAACGCCGCGACCAGGACCUCCACACCCACCCUAUCAACAACCUCCGUAUCAGAGCCAUCCACCUGCCAUACAAUCUCGGCCUCCGCAGUAUGGGUCGCCAUCGCCGUAUUAUCGCCCAGCUCCGCCACCGCCCCCUCCGAGACAGAACUACAAGUCGGUGGUCUUUGAAUUUACGUCACCGCUGACCCCCUAUGGAAGCAGCACAUCCGGACAUGCAGGCUCUGGUGAUCGAUACCUAUUUCCUGAGUACACAAUUCUGGAAUGGCUCCCUGGAGGAAAUACUGUUCUUGCCUCGUUCCUGCUCGUGAGGAAGGUUGAUCCAAACGCAACGUUUCCCUUAGAGUCAGCUACUGAGACGGCCAACCCCCGGGCUAAAGGCAAGGCAUCCAAGUCCAAGUCGAAGAAAGCAGACAAGAACAAGGAGAAAGCGGGUGAAGCGGACAAGGAUAAAGGGAAAGCAGAGGAUAAAGAGAAAGACAAGCCGCAGGAGAAAUCCAAUGAUAAACCUGAAUCUUCUGGCACUGAACCUAAACCUGAUGGUGAUAAGGCACCAGCCAGCAGCACGCAAGCUGACCAGAAGGCUGAAGCAUCCGAAACUCCUAACAAACCCUCAACAGACAAGGAUGACUCUAAAGACAAAAAGGUCGAUAGCAAGGACAAGGACAAGGAAAAGGAGAACAAGGAGAAAGAGAAGGACAAAGACUCCAAUCUGAAGGAAUACUACCAACCCGUGACAUUCCGCAUCUUCACCAACAACCCCAAAGUCCUCGAGCCUCUAGGCCGUGUCGUGAAGCCUCCGGACGAAGUCCGCAAAUACAUGAACGAGAUCAUGGACCGAGCGGAACGCGCCCCCGAGGGAUUCCUGGCAUACCGUCUGCCCCGAGAAGAGCCCGACGAUAACAAGCCGGCCCCUGAGACAGAAGAUAGCGGCAAGAAAACCGGAACCCCGGUGCCUGCUGCGCGUGGGAGGUUGCAGUCUCGGAGUAAGACGGUGGACGAGGAAUCGGAUGUGGAGAAUAUCGAGGGCGCUGUAGAGGAGGAAGAGGAAGAGGAACUCAAGGAUUUCUAUGGUCCGCCUACGGGACUUCCACCUAUGGGAGCGUGA